AAGGGACUUUGCAGGUCUUCUAGUCCAACCCCCUCCCUGCUCAAGCAGGAAACCCUAUACCAAGGCUAACUGGCCAAGUUUUUUUUGUGUGUGGGGGAGGAAACGGGGACCCGCUGCUUUAAAACAAAAAGGGCUGAUUCAUUCAAAGGAAUUUUAAAGCACCUUUGCUGCUGUACUACACUUUUCUCUCAGUUGUGCUCCUUUCCAACUAUGCCAACCAUGAAAGAAGAACCUUGCUGGAUGCUAAGCAGCAAUGGUGAGAAAAGGCCUUAUGCCUUUGCUAAAAAGCUGAUCCUGGUUCUGUGUUUCGAGAGGAGACGGGUUUCUCAAAACAAAGCUGCCCCAAACCACAUCUAAUGUGGUUCUUCAGGACGAUCCUAUAAGAUUUCAAGAAAGAGAUUGGUACCGUGUUAACUGCGCGGUUCUCUCUCAUUUGCUGCAGUGCUGCCCAAUUUCUCUGCUGCCUCCUGCUCUUGUCCGUUCCAGCAUUGAGCAUGGUAAAGAAGAAUACUAUCCCUGAUGGAUGGAGGAAUGUAUCAUCAGUUGGACAACCUAUACCAGGAACUCGAUUUAUUGCUUUUAAAGUACCCUUAAAACUGGCAAUCAAUCAGCGACUUACACCAACUCAAAGGUUUACACCAAAAGAUCUGAUUGCUGCGGUGAAAGCUUUCAAUGCGGAGCUUGGCUUAAUCAUUGAUUUAACAUAUACAACAAGAUACUAUGGUAUCAAGGAUUUGCCCAAAAGUGUGGAGUAUAAGAAACUUUUUACUAUAGGACUUGAAGUCCCAGAUGAUCCUACUAUUCUACAAUUUAAAAAAUGGGUCAGAAAAUUCCUAUGGGAAAAUGCAGACAAUGAAAAACUCAUUGGAGUACAUUGUACAAAUGGAAUUAAUAGAACAGGUUACCUUAUAUGCAGAUAUCUUAUUGAUGUUGAAGGUUGGGAUCCAGAAACAGCAAUCCAAGCUUUUGGAGAUGCACGUGGUCACCAUAUAGAUGGUCAUAUAUAUCUGGCAGAUCUUAAAACUCAACCAAUGAGAAGCAACCUGGGAAUGAAUAUGUGGGAUGCUGAUGGAGAUAUUGUGCCACCGCCAGAUGAUAUAGACAGACAUAUGGAUCGAUUUCCAAAUGAAGAAUAUCCUAGCAGGCCUGGUAAAAGACUAAGAGCUUAUGAUGAUGGCCCCAAUGACUUACCAGAACAGAUCCGACUGAGAGAGUUUGAUUUUAUUAAUAAGGGUCCUGGGCAACGUCGCAAACCAUAUCAUGAUCACCAGUUUCAUGAUGACAUGCAGCCACCACUGCCACAAAUAAGACAAAAGCAUUUCCCUGACCACCAGUUUCAUGAUGACCACCAAGAAGAAAUGGAGGUUAAAGAUUUAACAUUUAGUACAAGAGGACCAGGACCCAGAUUUCAACCUUUUGAAGGCCACCAGCUUGAUGAUGACUUUCUAGGAAAUAUAUCAGAUGGAGACAUUAAUAUGAACUGUAGUCAAAGGCAUAGACAUUUUGCUGACACUCCUUGUUAUAACCACAAACCAACAGAUAGCCAGCUCAAUGGCGGCCGAGGAGAAAGACGAAGACCAUUUUACAAUCGGCAGUCUAGUGAUGAUUUUCAGUCAUCCUUGCAGGACAAAAAUCAGUUUUUCCUGAACAAGAGACCUGUGGAAAGACUAAGACUAUUUCAGAACCGUCCUGUUCGUGAUGAUGUCCACUCACCAAUGGGAGAUUUUGAGUAUGUGACUAGAGGGUGUGGACAGAGAAUGGUACCUUUCCUUGACCAGCAGCAUCACGGUGAAUUAAAAAGAAAAUUGUCAUUAGAAGAUUUUGAUGAUGAAGAUUCCGAUAGAAGAAGUAGACCAUUCCUUGAUAAUCAAUCAUACUGUGAUUUUAGUCAGAAGUCACAGCUGAAAGAUUUCCAAAACAGGGGAUCUGAACAAAGGCUGAAUUCUUUUAAUGAUCAUUCAACUCACAUUAAUGAGCCAUAUGAGGAAUAUUCUGAAAGAAGCCAUCGUUUUCCUUCUCAUGAGUACUACUCAGAAUCUCCCUUACUUCAGAGAGAUUAUGGUUCUGAUAAAGAUAAUUAUAGUAGAACUUGCAGAUCUGAUUGCCCUGACGAUUACAGGAAAAUCCAUCCUUCGGAUGUAAUUAACAGAGGAGGAAAAGCUAGAUUUGCUCCAUAUUCUUCUUAUCCAACCCAUCACUCUUCAUCUUCAAAUCAGGAACUGAGUUCAAUCUCAUUGCACAGUGGAAGGGAACAUCAGUGUGAACUUAAGAGAGAGAUGAGCCAGGGGAAAAGAUUACCAGUUGUAACAAUUGAUUAUAAUUAUGGCUUGCCUUUAGACUAUGCUUCUGAAGAGGAAGACAGAGCUCAUUAUGUUUCACAUGCAACACAGCACUACAUUUUGAAAUGAAUUGGAUGUGUACCUGCAUGCAUUAUUUUAUCAUCUUCCUGUAUAUUGACCAAAUUACUUCUGAAGCUAAAAAAAGCUUCAUUAUCAUUCAACAUCACAAAACGUAUCUGUAACAAGUCUAGUUCUGUUUUUUCACAUUUAAAUGAUAAUUGUUGAAAACAAUUCCUUUUAUGUAAAAUUAAACUAGUUCUCAUUCAUGAGACUGAACAACCAUAACCAUGAACAACUGCAAAUAGUUCUCCCUGCUUUCCGCAACAUGACAUGUAUGAAAUGUUUCGGCUAAAAUGUAAUAAAACAAUUGGAUUACUGAUUUUGAUAGAAUGCUACUCUAAAAUAAAGUAGGAUUUGAAAGGAAUUAAAAAUAUAUAAAGAUAAAAACUCAGUUCUAGUAAUGUGACUUAUUCUUUUGAUGAUAAUCUAGAUUUUUCAAUAUUUCUUUUGGAAAAUGUGCAUGUAAAUAUUGUUUCAGUAAAAAAAACCUGUCACACUAGAAAAAAACCAAUAAAUUUGAGAUUUGUGUUGAGUUAUUAUACCUACUGUAUAUUGUAUCAAGAAGAUUUAACUUUUUGGUUGAGGGACCAGAUAAUUAGAAAUCAGCUCCUUCC